GAGUUCAGUCUGCUUCCUAUUUUCAUUUAUCAUCUCCAGUUUGUCAACAUGAGAAUUCACAGAUUUCUGUCUCUUCUGGUGGCUUUCGUGAUGUUUUCAAGAGCGAACGCUUUCUUCGGUUACGUUGAGGUUCAGUGCCUCUACACGUCAACCAGAGAUGUCAUCUACAUGGAAAAGUUGUACAUCAAUAAGUUGCUCAUGGCCGAAUACAACAGCACUUUGGGAAACUACACUGGAUACACCGCGAAAAUGAAGGACCUCACAGACGAAGCCAACAAAGUCAAAAAAUUCAAGGAACGAGCAAAGAAGAAUUUGGACGAAUGCAAAUCCAACAUCCCACUGGUGUUUGAUGCGCUCACAAAACCAGUUGAACCUACUGUGAAGCUGAAGUUAGUGGAUGUAGCAGAUAGCAGACAUCCCAGCAUGCUUGUCUGCAGCGCUUAUGGUUUCUAUCCCAAACUCAUCCGAGUGUCGUGGCUGAGAGACGGAAAAGAGACCACAACUGAUGUGACGUCCACCGAGGAGCUGUCCAACGGGAACUGGCUCUAUCAGAUCCACUCCUACCUGGAGUUUACACCCAAACCUGGAGAGAAAAUCAGCUGCAGGGUGGAGCACGCCAGCUUGAUGGAGCCCAAACUUUAUGACUGGGAGCCAGUUGUUGAGGCAGAGAGGAAUAAGUAUGCUGUUGGAAGUGCAGGGCUGCUGUUGGGUUUGUUGUUUUUCAUCACUGGGCUGAUUUUCUACAAGAAGAACUCAACAGGUGAGAGACAGAACAAAUUAUACCCUCCCCAGUCGGACUCACCAGAUGUGGACUUAAAUUAUAAGUUUAGCAUUUCUGAUACACAUUUCAUGCCACUUUCUGCUCCUCUUACACCACCUUUAUGUGACUAGUUUCAAAACUGCUGACAACAACCUCUGAGCAGCGACCUUGAACCUGUAAAUGGAACGUUUUGAUAAGGAUUUGACAGAAAACCAGUCCUGCAUGGGUUAUUGCUGAGUCCUAACGUGCAAAUGUUAAACUCUGUUUUGCUGGGGUACCAUCACUGCAUCCUGGGUUUAGCUCCACCCCCAAAGCAACUGUGAUUGGUUCAAAAGAAUCCAAACACUCCAGAGUUUUCUUAUAAUCUCUGACAGAACGAUGCUGUGUAGUCAGAUUGUUCUCCAGCGCUGAUGUUGCAUGUCUGCAAGUACGAAAUUGUCCAAUUUGUUUUUAUUAAUUUUUUUGUAAUUUGACCAAGACCUCUCCAUGUGCAUCCCAAAAUCUAAAUCCCCCGUGGCAAUGAUGCUAUAAUGGCAAACUCUGUCAUUGUAAACAAAUUUACCUUUAAAAAAAACUUUCAACUACUCUAUAUCAAUCUAAAAUGAAGACGGAUUCAGCAAACGAAGGUUUCUAGGGUAACGAGUCCCAUCUGAAAUAUGAUUACAGUUUUUUUGUCUCUUUUUUGAGGUUUUAAAGACCAAAUUAUUGUGUCCCGAAAUGAAAAAUGUGUGAG